AUUAAAUAGCAAUAGUUACCGUUGGCAGGAGAAGAUUCCUUCUGCCCGUUUUCAUCUGUCUUUUCAAAUCCCCUUCCUUCCCAUUUCUUCACCAUCUCUUUCUCUUCAAAAUUUUCCUCUCUAAUCCGUUUUCAUCUCUUCCUUCUCAAUCGUUUCUGCUUUUUAUUUUUAAUUUUUUUAUUGUGAUAUUGGAAUCACUUGCUUCAUCCAUAGAUUUUGGGUUUUCAGCCCUAGGAAAUAUUGUUUCGGUUCGUCUUUUCAAAUCUAUGGAUGUCGCUGUGGUUGUUCUUGUUGGAUGCUUUGGGAAAGAAAGAAAUUCUGGUUCUGCAAGAUUUCACCAGCCAUGGCGUCUCUUUUACAGUCAACUACUUUAUUAUUCAUAUUCUCUAUUACAUUGAUUCUUAUCCCAAAUAGACACGCUAUUCCCUUCAUCGUAUUGCAUGGCUAUUGCAGCAAUGAUGCGUGCUCAGGAGGCCGAUCCUACCAAUCUGGAAGUACUUCUUGCUCUUGGUGUGAGUCAUACAAAUGGUUGCUAGAUUAUUCAAUGAAGUUGGUCAGAUGUCUCCUGAGGAUGCUGAUGUAUACAUUGUCCUUGGUGUUCAGUAUAAUUUGUUGGGAGAAUAUGAUAAGGCCAUUGCAUCUUUCAAAACUGCUUUGAAACUUAAACCUAAUGAUUAUUCUCUUUGGAACAAGCCUGGUGCAACAUACCUUAUCAACAGGUAGCUUCUUCAUGAUUCCCCCUUGAAUAGUGGUGUCCUAUCUGUAUACCAUCUGAUAUGUUAAUUUCAUAAUUACUUUUUUAUAAUUAAAAAUUUAUUUUCCCUAUCCUAAAAUUUUGGGUUUCUCUUUACUAAGUUGGAGCACCUGUAAUGUGUGAAAUUCAAAAUAUAUGAGUGCUAUGAUUUUACUAAGAAUCAAUUUGUAUGGUGUGUUGGUCACUAUUUUGCAUGUUAGGCCAGAAUAAAAAAAAAUGAAUUAUGAAGGUGUUGACAAUGUCGGCAAGGGUGCUGUAACUACCUGAACCAUUUGAGGUGCAAGAUGUAAAAAAAGCACUUUUUUGAGUAAAUUAAGGUGAAUAUGUAAAUUUCUGCUUCUUGAA